CACCGCUAGCCGGCUACCCGAUUUGUACUACUUAAUACAAAGCAAAACAUUGUAGAGGUGAUAGCCACGGGCAAAAUACGACAGCGCUUUCUCAGUUUUUCUCCUCAAACGUCCUUAAUUAUUAUUUUAUUUUUUUUAUUAUUUAUCUAUUUAUUUAUUUUAUAUAAACGGAACCAUCGCUGUAAAACUAUUUUGUUUCAUGGGGUGUGAAUAUGCGGAGGGACCUAAAGAUGAUAGUGACGUGGUGAUUGGUCACAAGAAACUAGCAUCUUCUUAGAACUACUACACCGGAUAAGGACGUUUAGGAUUGCUACUUGAAAGACGGACAACUAAUGUUUUUUUCGAGUAAAACAAUAGUUUGUUUAUUGUUUUAUUUUAAUCAAGGUGGUUGUUGCUGAUUGUUUUAACCAAGUGUACUGGACCUUGUUUGCUGGUGGCACCAUGAAGCUCUAUAGCCUCAGUGUCCAUUAUAAAGGAGCUACCAAAGCCAACCUUCUGAAAGCGGCCUACGACCUCUCUUCUUACAACUUCUUUCAAAAGUCCAGCGUCCAGGAAUUCAUGACCUUCACCAGUGCCUUGAUUGUUGAGCGGACAACAGUUGGAAGUCGUGCCUCUGUAAAAGAACAAGAGUACCUUUGUCAUGUGUAUGUGAGGAAUGACAACCUGGGUGCGGUGGUCAUAGCAGAUGCUGAAUACCCACAGAGAGUGUGCUUCACACUUCUCGACAAGGUUUUAGAAGAGUUUUCCAGGCAGGUGGACAGUAUAGACUGGCCCUCCGGUAACCCCGACACAGUUAACUACAAAGCGCUAGACAUUCACCUUGCCAAAUAUCAGAACCCCAAGGAGGCAGAUGCAAUGACCAAAGUACAGGCAGAGCUGGACGACACCAAGAUCAUUUUGCACAAGACCAUGGAAAGUCUGUUGGAGAGAGGAGAGAAACUGGAUGACCUCGUGGCCAAGUCAGAACACUUGGGGAGUCAGUCCAAAGCAUUUUAUAAAACCGCGAGGAAACAGAACUCUUGCUGCGAGGUCAUGUGAUGCCGCUACCUGGUCCCCAAGGACGCGCCUAUGUUUCUCUCACUCUCUAUCUUGGCCUUCCCACUCGCCCCGGUCCUGCAUCCCCCAUCAUGUAGCUGCUCUCAACGCGAUGAGACCGAGGUCAACGUCCAGCGCGACUUUCACGGAUGGGGGCUGGAGGAGCGAUUUGGGGCCAAGUAUUCUUUUGUGGCGCGUCAAUAGCAGCGGAGGACAAAACUCGCGUAUUGUUGUCAUACGGUGAUGUAGUGUUAAAACCGUUUAAUUAAGUUAUGUCUUAAAUGUUGCUUUUUUUUUUUCUUCAAUGACACAUUUCUUAUCAGCUUCAUGAUGUUCAUUGAACUUGUCAACAUUCCCGCUGUGACUGAUUUGUUUGUGCGGUGGUUAUGAACUAUGAGAUUACAUACACUAAAUCCAAACAUUUAUGCUUUUUUUUUUUUAUUGUCUGACAUGAAAUCAGACCCCGCUAUUAACCCUUCAGCAGCCUCCAACGUACUUGUUCAUGUAGGAAAUUCCAUAUCUACAUGCUGCCAACCCAAUAUGCGCAUCACACAUUUUACAUAACCACCCGACCAAAGUAUUGUUGGAAAAAAAUCCAUAUAACACACCCGAAAAGAACUUUUGUCGGGUUACCCAUUUUAUGUCACCACGACUGAAUAAUAAAUCCAAUCAAAAAGAAAAUAACGUUAGUUUGGGGAAUAUAGUACAAGACUAAACAUACAUAUUCAUCACGUGACGUGUUUUACGUCAUGCCCAGACUGAAAAAUAUAUGCAAUCAUGCGGACUAUACAAAUUGUACAAUGGAGCGAAAAGUUUGUGAAGUAAAAGAUGAAAUGAUCCAUUAAAUAAGGCGCGGCAGGCGGUAUGACAAUUCCUCUCGCUAAAAAUCGAUUGAUAUUAGAGAUGGGCUGUAUGGCAAAAAGAUAAUCCCACAAUUUAAAAUUUGUGUGUGUGUGUAAAAAAACAAAAUGGCUGACUUGGAGAUGUAAAAUUAUUUACAUGUGCAAUGCAGUCAAAGGAUUAAUAUUAGAGGUCAAAAGUAUUAGCGAAAUUAUUUCAAUAGAUAACUAUCAGUGUAAUAAUGAUUAUAUACGUUGACGAUACUGUAUAUCAAUACUGUCUUCAAACUCAUAAAAGUACAUUCGAUUAAUAUUUGGUACCCAUUAACUGACUGGAAGGGCUGGCAGCCUCAGAUCAUUUAUGUAAUUCUUGGAUUAAAACACAUUAACCUCUAGAACACAAAUCAUGUCUGCUUCCUGAGCGCAAUGAUGGAUGGACAAUUCCAUUGUUCAUACUUACAUAUAUUGUUUGAACAAGGUGCCUUCAGGCGUCUGGGAAUUGCACCCAGGGAUGAACUGCAAGUAUGCAAGUUUAUAAUCCUCUUUGUUAUCUUGGCAUUUACAAUGAUAUUACACAAAAUUAUGUCAUUACACUAGAAAUGACAAUAAAAGACCAUGGUCGUGGUAUCAUCAUCUGGGAUUUCACAAGUUUAAAAGCAGUUAUCUCACUGCAUGUAAAAUCCUCACCUUUUUCUGGCGCAAAGAAAUAUUUUUGUCAGUUAUAAUUGACCUAAAACAAAACUGAUUUCAUGUCUAGCGACAGUGAGAAAAACUGGAUUUUUGUGUAAUGUAUGUAAACUUUUAGUUUCAACUGCAUCUCCCUGCACAAAAUAAGGACAUGAAGCCAAGUUCACUUAUUUUGUUCCGAAAACAUGAACACGGACUUGAUAAAAUGGCUGAGUGACACUCCAACAUACUCCCCUUUUGCCCCUCUCUGAAUGCAAAUAUAUUGUCUGAUUUCAUCACCUUAAGAUUGCCUUUGUAUUUUAGAUGUUUUUAUGCUCUCGGCUUUGUCUGUCCGGCUGAAUUAAUGAGUGUCUGUGUGAGUGUGUGUCUUGCUUUUACAGUGUAAACUGUUGUGCAAUACCUCCAUGGACUGGUGUAUCUUACUGAGAAAAAACAAAGUGGAAAAGUUGCUCAUAAGUGCUCAGCCAACUGGCCAUUGUACACUUGUCAUAUGAGUAAUUACACACAUGAAGCCUGUGCAAGGUUGAUUCUUGACUUUAAUAAACACUUGUCUGGGUUAUUA